GCUUCUUCUUACCUUUCUCAAUUAAAAAAAAAAACCUAAAACCUAAUCUGGAAGUAAACUCGUCAACCACUCCCCUCAUGACCUCUCAACAAUCCUCUUCCCUUAAAUCCCUUCUCUUCCUCCAACCCCACACACCACACAUCUCCCUCCACUAUGACAAACCGCUCCUCCCUCUCCACUCUUCUCCUCUUCCUCUUCUUCACCUCUUCUUCCUCUCAACACAACCUCCAAACAGAGCGAAUCUCAGGUAGUGCUGGUGAUGUAUUGGAAGAUAAUCCAGUAGGAAAGCUUAAAGUCUACGUAUACGAGCUCCCAAGCAAGUACAACAAGAAGUUACUUCAAAAGGAUCCUCGUUGUCUUACUCACAUGUUCGCUGCUGAGAUUUUCAUGCACAGGUUCCUCUUGUCUAGUCCUGUCCGAACGCUUAACCCCGACGAAGCUGAUUGGUUCUACGCGCCUAUCUACCCUACUUGCGAUCUCACUCCUACCGGCUUGCCUUUGCCUUUUAAGUCCCCGCGUAUGAUGAGAAGUGCUAUACAGUUAAUUUCAUCGAAUUGGCCGUAUUGGAAUAAGACUGAAGGUGCUGAUCACUUCUUUGUUGUGCCUCAUGACUUUGGAGCUUGCUUCCAUUACCAGGAGGAAAAGGCGAUUGAAAGAGGGAUACUUCCAUUGCUCCAGCGUGCUACUUUGGUUCAGACAUUUGGUCAGAGGAACCAUGUGUGUUUGGAACCAGGCUCGAUUACUAUUCCUCCUUUUGCACCACCACAGAAGAUGCAGGCCCAUCUAAUUCCUCCAGACGUUCCACGCUCUAUCUUUGUUUACUUCCGUGGUUUGUUUUAUGAUGUUAACAACGACCCAGAAGGUGGCUAUUAUGCAAGAGGCGCAAGAGCAGCGGUGUGGGAGAAUUUCAAGAACAACCCUCUAUUCGACAUCUCAACAGACCACCCAACAACAUACUACGAAGACAUGCAAAGAUCAAUCUUCUGUCUAUGUCCUCUAGGAUGGGCUCCAUGGAGUCCGAGGCUAGUUGAAGCGGUUGUGUUUGGGUGCAUUCCAGUUAUCAUAGCGGACGACAUUGUUCUGCCUUUCGCAGACGCCAUCCCUUGGGAAGAGAUAGGAGUCUUUGUUGCGGAGAAAGAUGUGCCUGAACUAGACACGAUCUUAACCUCAAUACCAACGGAAGUUAUUUUAAGGAAACAGAGACUCCUAGCGAAUCCUUCGAUGAAACAAGCCAUGCUUUUCCCUCAACCGGCGCAACCAGGGGAUGCGUUUCAUCAGAUACUUAAUGGGUUAGCUAGGAAGCUACCACAUGACGGAAGUGUAUACUUGAGGGAAGGUGAGAAGGUGCUGAACUGGACCGCUGGUCCUGUUGGUGAUCUUAAGCCUUGGUGAAAUUCAGAGAGCUUUGUUUUUGUUGUAUUGUUUUGGGUUUUCACCUGAGAGUUAUUUUUUUGAGAUGAAGAGCAUAUGUUUGUCGUUGUUUUUCAGCACUUAAAAAACAGAGUAGCACUUACUUCUCUGGUGGAUUAUUUUUGUAGAUAUGUGGGAUCGAGAUGAAUGUAUUACUUCUCUUUGGUCUAUCAUACCUCUCACUCUUUUUUU